AUGACCUUUUUGCCUAUAAUGCUGAUCUUAACGCAGAAUAUAAUACGUAAACGAAUUAUCCAUUUUCCAGUAGCAUUUGUUCAUCCUGUAGAUACAUUAGAUAUUCAAAAUACUAUUAAAUGUGGAGCAAAAUUAAAUUUCCCAAUAGUUGCAAGAUCAGACGGUCAUUCAGUGAAUGUUACAACCGCUAUAAUUGGAGCGGGAAAUACAAUAGACUCAUUAUAUUACAAUGUAUACAAAUAUGGUUUUGCAUAUCCAAGUUGGUGGAUCUAUAAUGGGUGGUAUAACAAAUGGGACAAUGCAAAAGAAUAUCCAGAACUUCUCUGGGCUAUUCGAGGAGCAGGAAAUGCAGGCUAUGGAAUUGUUACGGCUUUAACCUUCAGGAUAUAUCCGAUUCAGAAGAUC